AUGAAAGAUCGUCUUGUUAUUGUUUUUUGUUUUUGUUUAUCUACUAUAUUGUUGGUGUUGAUACCACCAAUCCCAAAACAGUUUCCCAUAGCAAGCAUCAGUGAUAAAGCACCAAAGAUACUAAUGGAUGAAUUAGAAAGAAUAGAAUUAGAAUCACAAGUAUGUAAUGAAUUGGAGAAUUUCAUUGGUCAAUCCGACAAGGUGUUGGCAGAGUUUAUCAUUAGUUUGGCAGAGUCCAACCGAUCGGUAGAAUCGUUCAAUCAUGCACUGAUGGAGAACGGUGCAGAGUUUCCAGAGACGAUGGUUGCACAUCUCUAUAGUUUAAUCGAGAAGAUGAACCCAAAGAUUAAGAAACAAUCGAUCAACUCUAUAGUGUCUGGCAAACCGACUUCCGCCAACGGCACAGACAACAACGGUAGUGAAUGGGAUCAACACGAGAACGAUCUAAAACGUCUGACAAAGCAAUUUCCUGGACUAUCGAGACCGAACAAUGCAUCCUAUGAGACUGGUAAAGUGUUUGACCUAAUAGUAGAGUCAACCAACAAAACAACAACAUCAACCUCUACGUCGUCAACUGACAAUACAAUUUCAACAACAACAACAACAACAUCAUCGACAACAACUAAAACUUUAAAAGAUAAAGAUAGAAAUGAAAGAGAUAAAGAUAGAGAUAGAGGUAGAUAUGACGAUAAAGACAGAGAUAGAGAUAGGGAUAGGGAUAGAAAUAGAGAUAAAUAUGAUGAUAGAGAUAGGGAUAGAGAUAGAGACAGAGACAGAGAUAGAAGAGAUAGUAGAUAUGAUGAUAGAGAUAGAAGAGAUAGAAACGAUAGAGAUAGAGAUGUUAAGAAACCAUUGGAUAAAGAACCGGGUGUAAAUUCAAUAUAUAGUGGAAAGGUAACCGGUAUCAAUGAUUAUGGAUUCUUUGUAUCGUUGGAUGGCAUUGUUGGAAAGCGUGAGGGAUUGGUACAUGUCUCACAGAUUAGAAGUACAAAGGUUCAACAUCCUUCCGAUGUUGUAAAGCGUAAUCAAGUUGUAAAGGUAAAGGUGUUAUCGGUGGUCGGUUCAAAGGUGUCACUCUCGAUGAAGGAUGUCGAUCAACAAACAGGUGCAGACUUGAAUCCAGCUAGACAACCAAUGCGUUCAAUCGAUAGUGGUGAACAAUCGACCGAUAGAAAUAGAUCUAAUCCAUUGCGACCAGAGAGAAACAAUAACAAGAGUGGCGGUAAUAUUUAUGAAGAGGUGGAUGUUAAGAGGACUUCAAAGAGGAUGACUUCUCCUGAGCGUUGGGAGUAUAAGCAGUUGAUUGCUGCCGGUAUUCUCAGUACGAAAGAGAUGCCAAACUACGAUGAGGAACAAGGUCUGCUGCCAGAGGUCGACGAGGAGGAGGAGAUGGAUAUCGAGUUGAAUGAAGACGAACCCGUUUUCUUGAAGGGCACGAGAAAUACAAUGUUGCAGCUGUCGCCAAUCAAGAUUGUCAAGAAUCCCAAUGGUUCGUUGCAGCGUGCCGCUCAGCAGGCGGGUACGCUGGCGCGUGAGAGAAAGGAGGAGAAGGACAUUGCUCGUAACGACUUGAUGGAUGCAAUCCCAAAGGAUUUGAAUCUGCCUUGGGAAGAUCCAAUGCCCGAGCCUGGUGAGCGUCAUAUCGCGCAGGAGCUGCGUGGUCUGGCGGCGUCGGGAAUCGACCAGAUGCCCGAGUGGAAAAAGACUACGCUCGGCCAGCACGUCACCUACGGUAAGGUAACCACCCGUUCAAUCAAAGAGCAGAGGGAGUCGCUUCCUGUGUUUCCGCUGCGUGAGGUAUUCCUCAAGGCGGUGGCGGACAAUCAGCUGCUGGUGGUCAUCGGAGAGACCGGUUCCGGUAAGACCACUCAGAUGACACAGUACUUGGCGGAAGCAGGCUAUGGCACCAGAGGAAGAAUCGGUUGUACUCAACCACGUAGAGUUGCAGCAAUGUCGGUGGCGAAGCGUGUCGCCGAGGAAUUUGGUUGUCGUCUCGGUGAGGAAGUUGGUUAUGCCAUUCGUUUCGAGGAUAGCACCAGUCCAGAGACAAUCAUUAAAUACAUGACCGACGGUAUUCUCCUGAGAGAGUGUUUGAUCGAUCCAGAUUUGACACAGUAUUCCGUGAUUAUCCUGGAUGAGGCGCACGAGAGAACGAUCCAUACCGACGUGCUUUUCGGACUGUUGAAACAAACGAUCCGGAGAAGACCAGAUUUGAAAGUGUUGAUCACCUCUGCCACUUUGGAAGCCGACAAAUUCUGUCGUACGCAUCCCGUCGAUAUCAGAUACACCAAAGAACCGGAAGCCGACUACUUGGACGCAUCGCUCAUCACCGUCAUGCAAAUACAUCUAAGUGAACCAAGCGGUGAUAUCCUACUGUUUUUAACGGGUCAAGAGGAAAUCGAUACUGCCUGCCAAGUGCUAUACGAGCGUAUGAAACAACUUGGUCCAUCCGUCCCCGAACUAAUCAUUCUACCAGUUUACUCUGCAUUGCCAUCUGAAAUGCAAACUAAAAUAUUUGAUCCUGCUCCACCAGGAGCAAGAAAAGUUGUUAUCGCUACAAAUAUUGCAGAGACAUCUUUGACUAUCGAUGGUAUUUUCUAUGUUAUUGACCCAGGUUUUUCAAAACAAAAAUGUUUCAAUCCAAAGAAUGGUAUGGAUUCGUUGGUGGUUGCUCCCAUUUCUCAGGCUGCCGCUAAGCAACGUGCAGGUCGUGCAGGUCGUACCGGUCCAGGUAAAUGCUAUCGUUUGUACACUGUCAAUGCUUUCGAGAAUGAAAUGUUGCCUUCGACCAUUCCAGAGAUUCAGAGAACCAAUCUUGGAAAUACUGUGCUGACGUUGAAGGCAAUGGGUAUCAACGAUCUGCUGGGAUUCGACUUUAUGGAUCCACCACCUGUCCAGACACUGGUUUCCGCCAUGGAGCAGCUCUACACGCUUGGUGCGCUCGAUGAAGAAGGUAUGUUGACGCGUCUCGGUCGUAAGAUGGCAGAGUUUCCACUGGACCCGCCAUUGGCCAAGAUGCUCAUUGCCUCUGUCGACAUGGGUUGCUCCGACGAGAUUAUCACUAUCGUUGCAAUGCUGUCCGUUCAAAAUGUAUUCUAUCGACCGAAAGAGAAACAAUCGUUGGCCGACCAAAAGAAAGCCAAGUUCUUCUCGGCGGAUGGCGACCACUUGACGCUGCUCGCCGUCUACGAAGGCUGGAAAAACAGUAAAUUCAGCACACCCUGGUGUUUUGAGAAUUUCGUUCAGGUUCGCUCACUCAAGCGUGCUCAAGACGUUCGUAAACAACUCAUCACAAUUAUGGAUCGUUAUAAACUGGACUUGGUGACGUGUGGCCGUAAUCUAAACAAGGUUAGAAAAGCUAUUUGCUCGGGAUUCUUUGCCAAUGCCUCAAAGAAGGAUCCAAACGAAGGAUAUAAAACAAUGGUCGAGGGACAGCCUGUAUAUAUUCAUCCGUCGUCCAGUCUUUUCAAUCGUAAUCCCGAUUGGGUUAUCUAUCACGAGUUGGUCAUGACCACCAAAGAAUACAUGAGAGAGGUAAUGGCAGUCGAUCCCAAAUGGCUAGUCGAACUGGCACCGAAAUUCUUUAAACUCUCCGAUCCAAACAAACUAUCGAAACGUAAAAAGAAAGAGAAAAUCGAACCACUCUGGGACAAAUAUCAAGAUCCAAACGCGUGGAGACCAUCAAAAAGAAGAGGUUAA